AGCGGAAUGCGGCCCGGCCGCGGCCUGAGCGCCACCGAUGGCCCGCGGCGGGGAGGCCUGCGGGAGCGACGUGCGGCUGCUGCUGGGCCGGGACGCGGUGCGGCCGGCGCCCGCGCUGCUGGCCCCCGCGGUGCUGCUGGGCGCCGCGCUCGGCCUGGGCCUUGGCCUCUGGCUCGGCUGCCGCGCCAUCCGCCGGCGGCCGCGACACCAGGUAGACGACACUCAAAGUCUGCUCAAGAACCUGGAGUCUAACACCCAGGCGCCCUCGGAGACCGGCUCCCCGUCCAGGGGGAGGAAGAGAGUGGCGCGGACUUCAAAGGAGGCGGAGGCUCUGGACGAACGCGAGCCGUCUUUCCACAGCAACGUCACGGCCUUCGCCCUGAAGGCGAAGGUCGUCUAUCCCAUCAACCAGAAGUUCCGGCCGCUGGCCGACGGUUCCUCCAACCCGUCUCUGCACGAAAAUUUAAAGCAGGUGGUUCUGCCCAACCAGCCGAUGGAGGCAUCCCCGACCAGCAGUCUGGGGAGCCUGAGCCAGGCCGAGAAGGAGGACUGCAGCUCCUCGUCCAGCCUGCGCUCGGCCGCCAGCGACGACCGGCUCCUCAGCCGCACCUUCCUCCGGGCGAGCAGCUUCCCCGAGCUGCUGACCUGUGAGAGCGCGGACCUCGACUUGUGCAUCUAUAACCUUCACUUAAAAGAUCUGCGGCAGCUGGACACGGCGCUGAGGCAGGACCGGCACUCGAUGUUUAUUCAGACUUUAAAAAUGUGCCUCCUUGACGUUUUUCCGAAAAAGAAGUCUGAUGAUGAAUUCUACCAGAAGAUUCUUUCAAAACAAGAAAAUGAUUUGCAGGAAUUGGAAAAGGGACUUCAGGCCAGACUGUCCGACGCGGAGGCGCUGGGGGCGGGCGCCUCGGAGUUCAUCGCUCUGGCCGACGUGGAGAAGAAGGAGCGCGAGUGCUCCGAGCAGCUGCUCGACCACAUGGAAGCUUUCUGGAAACACAUGGGAAACAUCCAGCACUUGCUCGUGGACCAGUUUAAGUGUUCCAGCUCCAAAGCCCGACAGCUCGAGAUGAGCCUGACAGAAAGAAUGAUCGCAGCGGAGGCGCGGCUGCGUGACUCCCAGGACCUGCAGGCUCUGGACCUCCUGCAGAGAACGAUGGGGCGGGCGCACCUGGCCAAGGGGGUCGAGUUCCUGAAGCAGCAAAUCCAGGAGGAGACCAAGUCCCUGCUGGCCGCCAUCUCCCGCAGCCUGGACGGGCUGACCGUCGAGGGGGCACUGUCCGCGGGGCAGAAGGAGGAGCUGCUCACUCGGCAGCACAAGGCCUUCUGGGAGGAGGCCGAGCGCUUCAGCCAGGAGUUUGUCCGGCGAGGCAGAGAUCUGGUGCAGGCGUCGCGGGUUCGUCUGGCGAAGGGGAUGGCCGCGCUGACGCUGGCCCAGGAGGAGGAACGGAGGAACUUCCUGGCGGAGGCGCCGCUCACUGCUGACCCCGAGGGGUUCCUGCAGGCUUUCCAUGAGGUGCUGGAGAGGCAGCGGCUGACACGCAGUGACCUGGAGGAAGAGGAUGACUUCAGGGCCGCCGAGGCGGCGGCUGCGCUCUGCCAGGAGCUGUACCGCAGCACUGCGGGAACCUUCCAGACGCUCGUGGACGCCCUGUUCCUGCAGACGCUCCCGGGCGUGACCGGCCUGUCCCGGGACACGUGUGAGUACCUGAGGCAGGAGACCCAGGAGGACGCGGCGCUGCAGCUGGCGGAGUCGGACCGCUUCCGGAGACGGCAGUGGGAGCUGUUCCAAGAGCUCUUGGAACGGGACACGCAGGUGUGGAUGGAGGAGCAGGCCCUGUCUGACGUGCUGCAGGCGCACCUGCACGAGGACCAGCGGAGCAUCGCCCGCCAAGGGCUGGGCCGGCUCGGCGGCCUCAGCGAAGAGUCGGCGCGGUGCAUCCUGCAGGGGCACGACCUGCUGCUGCGCUCGGCCCUGCGGAGGCUGGCCCUCCGCAGCCAGGUGGUCGCCGUGCUGACGCAGAUGCGGCUGUCGGGGAAGAAGGGCCUCCUGCAGGAGCUGCGGGAGCAGCUGGCCCUGGAGCAGGGCUCCUCCCAGUGUCUGGACGAGCAUCAGUGGCAGCUGCUCAGAGCCCUGGAGGCACGCGUGCUGGAGGAGACCAGCCGGCUGGAGGAGGCAGCGCAGCAGACGCGGCUGCAGCUCCAGCAGCAGCUCCUGGCCGAGGCCGAGGCGGUGGGCCGGCUUCUGCAGCAGCACACGCAGCGGGCCGUCGGGCAGGGGCUGCUGGGCCACGCGCGGGCCGCGGCCACCCGGAGCCGGGCCAAGGACCGGGAGGACUUUAAGAGGACGCUGCUGGAGGCGGCCGUGGAGAGCGUCUACGUGACCAGCGCGGGCGUCGGGCGGCUCGUGCGAGCCUAUUACCAGCAGCUGGGCAGGGUCCUGCGGGACCAUGAGGAACGCAAGCUGGAGCAGCUGAGGACCCUGCAGGGAGAGAGGAUGGAGAAUUACAAGCUGCGGAAAAAGCAAGAACUCAGUGACCCUGCAUCGGGGGACAAGAUGGCGGGUGGAACUCGUGAAGCACCCCCAGGCGUCCACGAGAGGGUGCGGGCGCAGCAGGGGAAGUUCCUGGCCCAGUUCACUGUGCACCCGCGCGUCCGCCUGGAGACGUGGCAGCGGAGGACGGGCGCCCUGGACCUUCUGGAAGCGCAGCUGGAGACCCAGCUGCAGGAAGCCGAGCAGGGCUUCAUCUCCGAGCUGGCAGCCUUGGCCCGCGUGCCCCUGGCUGAAAGCAAACCGUUUUCCAGUAGGCGCGGACCGUCAGAGAAGCCCCUGAGGACCAAAAGGAAGAAGCCUCCACUCCAGGAGAGAGGGGACCCUGGGGGGCCCAACAAUGACGACCCUGCCUCCGGGGAACACCCCCCAGGAUCGCUCAGCAAAAGGCUGAGCCAGCAGGACAGUGACGUCGGGGACGGGGAGAAUCCCAAGAAGAUGCUAAAGAGAAGAAGCAACUUGUAGUUGAAGGAGAGCCGUUGGGGACUGAGCCUGAAGCCCUGGUCUGCGCGGCCCCUGAACCUGGGGAGGGCGGGGUCUGCGGAGCCCGCGCAAGUGAGGCCAGCAGACACCCCUGUGCUGGACACUUCGCAGAUUUUGUGUCUCUCUGGCUCCGUCCCUCGGGGUCUCUUCCGGGCCGUCUGUACCUCCCGCCACUGAGCCCGGUGCCGCCGAGCCUGCCUUCCGCAGCGUGAGGCCCUCAUUCCCGCCCGGGCCCCCGCCCUCCGCCCCUCGGGGCAGUUCGGUGGGAGCGAAGGGUCUCCAGGCAUUGUUGCUGUUUUCUGGGUCGGGACCCUCCUCCUCCAUCUUCUCCACCCUGCUUUCUCCGUCCCAUGAACUGAGGCCACGGGCUGCCACCAGGACCUCAUCAGGAUACGUGUCCGCCCCUCCUGGGCCCAGCCAGCCCAGGCCCGGUCACUGGGGUCUGAGCCUCACGGCCCCACGGCCCCGACAGGGACAGAGUCAGACAGCACCCCCUUCCCACAGAGGAAGCGUUCCGGGGGCACCGCUGCCCCGUGGACGCUGAGAGUGUCCAGCAGUUCCAGAACGGCCCCACAGACCACUGCCAGGGGAGGUCUUUCCCACCCGGAAAGAACCCGGCUCUUUCCAUGGGGAACAGGGACCCUGAGCCUCAGCACUGCGGAUGUUUUGGGUGAGGCAGUUGUUUAUUGGUGGCGGGGAGGGGGGUGUCCUGUGCAUGGUGGGCUGUGUAGCGGUGCCCCUGGCCUCUACCCACCAGAUGCCAAGAGUGCCCCUAGUGUGACAACCACAAGUGUCUCCAGACACUGCCCGGUGUCCCCGGGGGUCGUCCCUGAUCCAAGGCCAUCCCGGGGGAAGAGCUGGGCGUUUCCAUACGUUUCCAGAAUAUUCUGGGCUCUGGGAGCCCCUGUCUCAGGGGUUUUCUGAACUGUUUAUGACCUGAAUUUUUAUUUCGUGAAACCUGAAUCAGACUCUCCAAGGCCGGAAAGAGUGGCUUCUUAACAGAAAUAACCCACAAUAGUGGUACCUGCCAGUCCUGAUUGGCCGGCGGCCGGGAUUUCCAAAGCGGACCAACGGCCCCCUCUGGUGGCAACAUUAAGCAUUUCAUGGCUCUGAGACAU